AUGUCAAAGGUUCCGUAUGCAAGUGAUGUUGGUUCUGAAGGGAGGGAACCUGGAUUAAACGCUGUUGCAACUAUGGCAUCAGCACUUGAUUACCGAUCUUCAAAGCCUCUCAAAGUACUCUUACCUCUUGCAGAUCCUGCACAAGCACUUAAUGUCCCAGCUGUUCCAUUCGGAUCCUUACUGGCAGCUGCUUAUCCACUAGCAUCUCGUCCUCCUUACGUCUUGGGUUGGCUUAAUAGUCUAAUAUCAGCGGAGGACAUGAUGCAUCCUGAGUUGCUAGAAAAGUUCGUCUUAAAUAACUUCUGUACCAUACCAACCAAGCUUAUGUGAUAGGGUGGUAAAUUAUCCUGCAGGGAUCAUCUAAAUAAAUGCAGCGUCCCUGUGCUGGCUAUUGCAGGGGAUCAAGAUCUGAUUUGCCCACCCGAGGCUGCAGAGGAAACUGUGAAGUUUUUUCCGGAGAAUUUGGCAACCUAUAAAAUAUUUGGAGAACAUCACGGUCCCCAUUAUGCACAUUAUGAUUUGGUGGGAGGACGAUUGGCGAUGGAGCAAGUUUACCCUUGUAUUGUCCUGUUCCUUGGUUAUUAUGAUUAAACAUCUGUACAAAAGCUUGUGGGAGGUAACCAUUCAUUUUCCCCCAAUGGUGUUAAAAUAUGAUCUCCUUUGGUAGUAUGGCAGCAUCAAAUAUGCUUGUUGCCAUACAUAGAUGUUUUUA